AUGGCUGCCAUACCAGGUUGGUGUCUUUACUUUUACCAUUUAUGUUUAUUAUAAAGUCCUAUUGGUUUGUGAUUGCUCCUCUCACUGCCACCACUGGAAGUGGUGAGCCUCUAGGUCAGUGAUUCCCAAUCUUUUUAUGGCCAUGCCCCACCUCAGCAUCUCUAAAAUCCUGAUUCCCCACCCCACCCCGGUGACAUAUAAUUCUUAUUAUUUAAGAAGUGAACUCCUAUUCACAUGGAGGAAGCUUAAAAGGCCAUUCACUGUUAAUAACUCGUUCUCAAAUUGCCCCCGUGUGGGGCGUGUGCCCCACUUUGGGAACCACAGCUCCAGAUGCUUUGCAUGUAGAACUUCUUAGGUUAAAUCACUGAGAAAUUAAGUUAAAGGUUCAGUCUAGGCAAGACCGUCACCUUACAUUUCAGGAUCUUCUGCCAGGCAGACAAGGAAAACACUUGGUUACAUAGGCCACCAGAUUCAUUAUAAAGUGGCUUCAUUUUUGUCGUGUAUUUGCAAGGUCAGUGUAGCAGGAAACAGGAGGGAAAGUCUCAGGAACUUAGUUAUCAGUUCUUGGGGAGCCCGGGGGCAAGUCACUCUCACUGGUCUCCCUCAGUGUCAUUGUUGCUAGUUGCCACUGCCAGACAGAGCCUGUGAGGAAGCAGGAGGCAGCAGCUACUAUUGUUUCUUUUCAGCACCAUCGUUGUUUGCUAGCUCAUCCUAUCUGGGUCAGAGAUGGGGAGUCCAGGGGCGGGGGCAGGCACCUGGCUGAACCCACCUUUAAAAAUAAUAUUGCAGCACUAUGCUAGUUCCUUGCAAGUAUUUCCUUCAUGCAGCCUUGUAUGGGGAUACACAGCCUUGUGGAGAAAUCUUAGCAUAAAGAAGGAAGAACCUGGAAACAACCAGCAGCCAUUUUCUUAGUCACAGCAGUGCUGUGUACCAGCUGUUAUGAUCAGGUUUCUGUAUGCUUCCCACUUCUCACAAAAGAGUCUCCAUACAGUUAUUUUUGCCAUUUAUAUGGGCGUGCAGGGGAGGAAAGAAUAUUUGUGAGCCAGACCUGAGAGGAAACCUCACUCUGUUGCUUCAUACAUUGAAAGAAAACAAUAAGCAUGGGUCCUUUAAGGAAAUAAAGUGGGGUUAUUAAUGAUACUAUGUCAACUACUGUGUCAACUCUCUAUCCAGAUGACUAGCCAGUAAAAGUUUCCAUGUUUUUUCCCCUCCCUCGAACUUCCACCCACAGAUUGGCUUAUUGUAGUUGCUUCUCUCUUGGCACUGGCAUUGAUACUUGGUGUUUGCAUUGCUGUGAACAGUCGAAGGAGGUAAGGAAUGGCUUUUGUAAAUUUCCACUGGUUAGUGCCAGAACUUUCUUUUAGUCUUGUUGCUGGGAAAUUCCAAGAUCCAAGAUCUGACAUCUUUAAAUAAUACAAAGGAGAAAGCAGCUCCUUCUUUCAAGAGAUGUCCAUUGAAAAGCACACGUCAAGGCACACAAUAGUGCAUUUAUACAAAAGUGUGGCUGGUAAAUAUUUAAAUAAGUAAGCAAUGAAGGAACUUCUUUAUGCUUCUGAAUAUCUUUUAACCUUGCAACUGUAAUAGUUAGCUGGUAAUCAGUAAGUUUAAUUUUUUCUUGUUUUUAUAGUGGGUGUGUGGAUGGAUAGAUAGAUGAGAGGGAGAGAGAGGUUGUCAACUAUGUAUUUUUAAUGUGUUUUUUUCCCUUUGACAUGAAAUUGCACUAUACAAGUAUUUUCCUAAAGGAUGCUCAGUCCUGCAUGUGGGCAUCCCAUAGGCAUCUAGGUGGCCACUGUGAGAGCAGGCAGGCACAGGAGGGAUGGCGCUCUCCUUUCGUCCUAUGCAACCAGCAUAGAAACUAAGUAGGCUGCCAAAGCAAGGAAGCCCUGUCUUCUGGGCCCAGCAUAGAAAUGCAGUAGGUUAGAGGAGAGAUGGAGCUCCUUGUCCUCCUCCUUCCAGCUCUCAGCACGAUAGUAAAAAUUGCAGGCUUGUAACUUUUGUGGGCUUCUUUGCCACGCAGCAAAGCACCCACCUGCCUGUCACUGUAGAUGAUCCUAUACUGUUAACCCAUUUUGAGUCAUGAGCGGACAGCUCUCCACUGACUGUGGACUGAGAAUUACUACCUUGGCUGCAAUCUGCAUUCCAGUCCUAUCAAAGUCACGCUACUUCAUUGUUGUUGUUUUUAUCUUAUCUACCACACAGAAGGUACUUUUCAGAAGUAUUUCCUGCUAGUUUGUAAGUUGAUGCAUGGAUCUAAGUGUGGACAUAAACGUUUACUAAUUAAUGAUAGUCUCUGACCUUUCAUAGCUGCUGUUUUCUUCCUUUGUCUUGAAAAAAGCAGACAAGCACAGACCAACCAUGAUCAAAUGCAGAUAACCUUUCCUUUAAAAUGGUUCAGUCUGGAAGCUAUAAAUCAAAAUGGCAUCCUAACUGAAAACAUAGUUUUUCUUCAAAUAUCACGAGAUUAAAUACUACAUGCAUACUUGCAGGUUUCCCAUAGGCAUCUUGUUGGCCAAAGUGAGGGCAGGAUGUUGGACUUUUCUUAUGUUUUAAAGCUUUGAUUAACCCAGAUAGAAUCGGUGAGUUUUACUUCACUUUUUAAUGUGAUUGUGUGCUUUGACAUCCCAUGUUUUUCCCUUUCCAUUAGAUGUGGGCAGAAGCAAAAACUUAUUAUCAACAAUGGCAAAGGAGGCAUAAAUGAGAAAAACAAGGGUGGAUUGAAUGGAGAAGCCAGUAGAUCUCGGGAAAUGGUUCAUUUGGUGCAUGAUGAGAAGCCAGAAAACCAAACAGAUGAAUUCCAGGCAAUUGAUGAAACGCAGAACCAACAAGAAGUGGCCUUGAAGAGUGGCGUGUAA